GACACUGCGCAGGAGUUAUCACAACUCCCAUGGCCUAAAUUGAUGAUGAGUGUUGAUGAAUGUCUUACAAAGUGAUUUGCGAUGCAUCUAGAGUCAGAAAGCGAGGAAGCAAUGACACAACGCACAGCUGUUGUGUUAGACCACGGCAAUGCGGUAGCAUCCCUUAAUAAUAUUCGAAUUGAAGUUUCAACAGAAGGAGGAACGCCUUCAUCGUCAAAGCAUCGUUCGUCAUCCCAUGCCAAUUCCAUUGGUACUUUAGCCAAAAGUGUCUGGACAGUGAUGGUUGAAGCGGCUGUUGAGUAUUGCAGAAUAAUCUAUGAUUUGCUUCCGGAUAAAUAUAUGGUUCAGUUGGUUGUUUCAGAUACUGAUUCCAAGAAGUUGAACUCUUUUAAGAAAGAAGAACAGAAUAUCAGUCAGAUCCUCAAAGGAUUUGCAAACAUUGGACCACCAAAUGAAGAUUACCUAGAAGAAAAUGAUGGGGAUGAUUAUUUUGCUUACCCAGGCUUAGAAUCUGCAGUUAUAUCAGUAAUUGAGAAUUUCAAAUAUCGAAAGGAUCUUCAAGAUGAGGUUAAGCAAAGCUCCUUUGGGAGGAUUAUUUUUAUCACAUCUCUAAACAGUGAGAAAGACACCAAACCAUUGAUCUCCAGAAUCUCAGAGAUCCAGGAAAGAUAUGACAUUGAGAGGGAAUGUCACCUAGACUUAGUAAUUGUUAAUGUUUCAAAUGUUGCCGACAAAAUCACCAAAGAAAAGAAACAGAUUUCAGGCACCCUAAGCGCCAGCACAGUAACGUUUCGUGCAAGUUUCCUUCCACCAAAGAUGAUCAUGUUGGCAAAAAAGCAUUUCAACCUGCGUUCGACUGCCAUCACAGGAAUACCUAUGAAAGAAGAACAGCAUGCUGGGACAUCUGCAAAUUACGACGUAGAAAUCAUACACCCUGCCGAAGUGCAUCACGAGACUUACUGGUUUUGUACCGAAGGGCAAGGCAUUGUGGGAUCAAACUUCGGCAGUAGCAAACAGAGAGAAAGUUACACAAAAAGUAUUAUUACAUUAAAGUGGUGCACGCCUAAAAGCUCUUCAAAUAAUGAGCUUUUACAAUGCAUUGGAGCGUACAGAUGCACCCCUGCAGAGGUAAACAGUCGACCAGCAGCAUGCCUUAUUUCCUUUCUACAACAAGGUCGAACUGUCUUACUGGAACAGCCAAAGAGAUCCGGAGCCAAAGUCAUUUCCCAUAUGCUUGUAAGUCAUGGAGGGGAUGUAUACAUACAUGUCUUAGCUACUGGUCGGAACCCUGUUGAGGAUCCUCCAUCUAUAAGUGAAGGCUGUGGUGGCCGUGUAACUGAUUAUCGUAUUGAGGAUUUUGGUAAAUUUAUGAAAGAGAAUCGUCUGGCUCCAUACCCAAAUGCAGGAGGGACUGGCGAAGAGUUGCCAGUUGAAAAAGGUACCCUUAUUUCUGUGUCUACGUAAUAUAGACAAAGUCUACGGCUAGAGUCUUACAUCUUUAAAAAGAUCAACGUUGAGUACUCCAGUUUCUUAAGGCUUUGGGAAAUACAGACCCAAGGGUCCGUGGUUCGAGACCCUCUCAUUACCGAACUUUCCCCUAGAGAGAGGAGAGUCGCCAACUCUCUUUAAUUCCAGGCAUAGGAAUCAUGAGGUGUGGUCACAUCGAGAGAAAGGUCAGGACUCUGCUCGAUAUAUUUACAGUGUCCUAACACUACCUUCGGCUAGUUAGCAAGCAAUACAAUCAAUUUGAACAUUCUGGGUUCUGUAUCUAAUUUUUCAUGUUAAAAAGUUUUCAAACAGAAGCUUGUUAUGGAGGGUUUUUCUUUUUGUGGCUGCAACCAGAGAAACUCCUCAAUUUUUUAUGUGUCGAAAUGCUCCUAGCAUUUCUGACAAGAUAGUUACUUGCGUCCUAAUGCUUCCUCUAGAUGAGGGAAGUUUAUUUUUAUCCUUUAUGUAUAAUUUUUUAUGCCAUAAGCCAAUCAUAUUGAUUGAUUUGCACAAAAUUUCAAAAUUCUUGGUUCCUUUUCUUGCAAAAUUAGGUUUAUUCUAGUUUUUUUAUUUUGAUUAGUGAAGUUGCUUGAUUUUUCCCGAUUAUACCCCCAGUCGAGGCAGGGGCGCCUGUAAAAGACUGAGGCAGGAGGGUCAGUAUUAGUGCUGAGGGCAAAUGGUAGAGUUUUUUCCACUACUAUAAUUGAUUAUAUGUGAGGGGGGGAAGGGUGGAGCAAAAUGAAAUAUUAGCAUGGAUCUGUUCCACCCAUACAGCUGGGAUUUAUGGAAUCAAAGGCUCUACACGCAUAGGAAUAAUGUUGACAAAAUUAUCCAUGCGAAUUGGUAUUAAUUGGCCUUCUCAUUAAUCGAAAUGUUUCGUUUUAUUAGAAUCAUGACAAUUAGAAAUAGGAUGAUUGUAAAACUUUGAUUGUCCUUUCAGUCUCAAUACUCCAUGGUUGCAGAAUCAUUGAGAUAGUUGUAAGGAAAAUAAUAAUUACAAGAAUAAAAUGCAAAUCAAAUAUUUUUUUAAUUCAGCGUGUUUUUUAUAUUACGUAAAAUAGGCACAAAAUAAACGUAAAAUCCUCGUUUUGGUGAUGGGCAAAAUAGUCAGUAUAUUUCUUAUAACAUGCCGUUGGUUUUUGAAGUAAAUUAUCAUCUUCUGAAAAAGAAUCAAAGACCGACAGCAAAAAUUUUCUAUUUUUUUGAAUUUCUAAUUUAAAGUAACAUAUAGAGUUCUAAAGUGAUGACGUCACAAAAAUCUAUUUUUGGAAUUUUUGAAUUUUGACUCCAUAACCUGAAAGAUCAUCAUGAAAUACCUCUAAAUGUGCAAAAUCAGGCAAGUGUAUUACGAAAUGGCAGAGAUAUGGCCACAUUACUGGUUCUCUCCCCAUCAAACCUCUGUAUUUUGGUCUCUGUUCAUAACUUUAUGAACAGAGCCAAAAUAACAGUGAUUCGUUAGCAAACUUCAAAUCUUUCAUUAGCGAUAUCUCAACCGAUUUUAGACAUAUCUGGUCAAUUUUGCAUAUUUGGAAGUAUUUCAUAGCGAUCUUUUACGCUAUGUGGUUAAAAUCCAAAAAUUCUGAAAAUAGGUUUUUGAUGACGUCACACUUUAGAACUCUAUUGAGAGUGGCUAAACUAGUCAUCAAUUAUCUACAAGAUUCUAUAGACUUUUCUUGGGAGUAAAUAUUUAAAGGCACUUCUUGCCCCCUCUGCCCUCCUGGAAGAGGGCAGGAGAGGCAGCGGCCCUGCAGCCCCUCCAGAGUAGGUGCCCCAAAGUCGACGUAUGUUAUACCAUAUUGGUAUAUAAUGCGGGUCCACAUCACAACCAGUGGCAGAAAGGGAGUCGCAAUAAUUUGUGUAAAUGCACUGUAUGCAAGUUUCAAUUCUUUGUUAAAUUGAUCCAUUUUUGCAAGGUGUUGAAACGUGACACAUUCUUACGGGAACGUAAAAUGUGUUGAUUGGAAAAAAUUCACUCUGACGCCAAAGGGUCCCACCUCACAUGAUUUUAAAGUCACGUUGCCUUUUUCUUGUCUAGCAAAAGUUAAAAGUGAAUUUCUAAACAAGGAAAUUGAUAAAUGAGUCACUGUGGUGAUGACGAUUUAUGCAAUGUGUUGCAACCGUGAAUCAUCUAAUGAGAGUUGCCUCUGUUUCGUAAUUAAAAUUAUGUGCUUUCAUUGUUCGGUGAUUAAGCCGGGACUUGGCGAGGUUUAGAAUCCAUGAGCCCCAAAAGUAACUUAAAUCAUUUAUCUGUGAUAGUUGAUAUUUGUGCUUUAUUUGAUAUAUAAUUUACGAUCUAGCAAAAUGUAAAGAAUGCUUGUACUCUUUAUUAUGAUUCGUAAUAAAUUUAUCUGCCGUUUUCAUUAUUAUUAUUGACAUUAUCAUUAUUAUUACUAUUAAAUCAUUUUUAUCAUUAUGAUGAUGAUAUUCAUUCAGCAUCAGUAUAAAUCAACUCAUGACUGGCUCUUAAUACAAAUACGAUAAGCAAAAAUUUGCAGCAGAUUAACAACUCUAGCAACAAAAGGUUUAAAGCUGGAAACAUAAAUCAAUAAGCUUAGAGGAAUAGAAUUUCAACUGGCUGUAGAAUUUGUGAAGAGUCUAAAUACACUCUUUUUUAAGCUCAGACUGGCUGUUCUUAAUUUUUUCGAAAACCUGAGGCUCCAUUGUUCCUAAUUUGUUCUUAAAUGAUUAGGGUGUAAGCAGUGCAAGUGAAAAUUCACCGGUAUCCCUGAUCCCUAGAUCACAAAAACUCCUCCUAUAUAAGAGUUUAAACAUUGUUCAAAAUUACACUUUAUAGUAGCUCAGCCUCAUCUUGUUCUUUAUUUCUUCUUAACUUUUGACAAAUUUUGAGGCUCAUAUUCUUAUAAAAAUGUUCAUAUAAAAGAGAGUGUAUUUCUCUUGCAAUGAUGUCAAUUUAUUGUACGUCUAUCGUCUAUACUUUGCUGAUCAAAGAAUCAAAGUUAUUAUCGAAAGAAAUUCAGGCAAAGAAAUUUGGCAUAUACUGUUAAACUUUCAAAGCAGGGCAUUUAGUAAUUGUAUGUAUCAACAUCAAUAUCAUUUUCAUUUCUUCCAAACACGGAAGGUACGAGAUUCUCGUGGUUUCGUUUGUGUAAGUGUUAACAUUUGUCCAAUUAAAUAAUUAUUGCCACCUUGCUCUCACUGUAAUGACAAUCAUAUGUCGUGAGAGUUUGUCACUAUAAUUACAAAACAAGGAAACGGAAAUAAGAAAUCAGACUUUCACAGAUUUAUCGUCAAAACCCUUUAGAGAAAGUUUAUGGAAUGUUUGAUUUGGAAUAACAGUUUCAAAUAUCAAUGUCUACAUAAACUUUGAUUGCUAAAACACUUAUGCCUACAAGAAACGAGUCGUUAUCUCUACGGCUGGCGUCAUUUUCGUCUCCGGCAAACCGGUACUUUGGCCUUUGUAUUGCGCAAUAGACCACCAGUGCGCGCCGAUCAACACGGAGCUGCUGGAGACUCUCAGAUUUAAACGACGCGCGUAUAAAUACCGUGCCGGCGGUCUGCUUCGUAAUCAUUUUCACGUGUUUUGUAAUAGUAAACAACGGUCAGCUGUUUUUCAAGGAAGUUCCUGCAUCCGAAUUGGAGAUUUUUAAAGCAUCUGCGGGUUACAUUUACAAUAGUGCCCAGAAGAGUAGCGUAAAGGACAAUAGGAGACAUUGCUUACCUUCGUAAAAAAUUGAUUUUGUCAGGGAAUCGCUACAAAGUGUAAAAUUUGAUCAGCUUUCCUACAAGAUUUGUCCUGUGGACAUUGCAGUCUAUCAACAAGGCUUCCUUGAUACUGAGGUUUUUCAAGCAUUUUGUUUCAA